AUGUCCGACAUACUCCUAGAUCCGCUCAACCAGCUCCAGACGCUCUCACAUCAGCUCUUUCUUUCCCUCGGUCCCACACAGGCGCGUGGCCCGCCACCACCACCCACCAGCUCGUUCCUCGCAGUCGACGCUACGCUCGCGUCAGCAGUCCAGCUCGCACGGCGGCACCAGGUCAAGCAGCGCGCGAUAGAGCGACUCAAGAGCGAGGUACUUGCUCUUGAUACGCGGUGGCGCGAGAUCGUGUGCGCCCUAGAGCAGGGCACGCGCGAGCUUGCGGCGCUCGUGAAAGAGGGCGACGAGCGCAUCAAAGCAAUUGAGGACGCGCAGGCUGCGGCCAUCCCGUACCCUGAGCUCCUCGCGUACGCGCAGAGCCUCUCCGCGUUCACUUCCGCACCGCCGAACAUGCCAGACCUCGCGCUACCUGGCCAGCCGCCUCCCCCGCUCUUCUUCCCGCCGUUCCCGAACGAAGAGAAGAUGCGGCGCGGCCACAUGAACGACGAGGCCCCACUCGGCCUGUUGGGCGAGACGCAUUCUGUCGGAAAGCCGCCGACUGUCCAGCCCAAGUCCGUCGAGAUGCCGCCGCAUAUGGCGGGUCCAGGUGCGAACCCAUACCGGCCUGACCUACGCGCCCCACAGCAGCAGUUCUUCGAUCUUGAUCUCGACCUCAAUCCCGAUCUGUAA